AUGGAAUUUGCUACUCUUGGUCAACAUUGUUCUAUGAAAACAUGUAACCAAUUAGAUUUUUUACCUUUGAAAUGCAAUUUAUGCUCUGCUGUAUUCUGCAAAGAGCAUAUAAAAUAUGAGGAACAUCAAUGUCCAUCAUUUUAUCGUAAAAAUGCUGAGGUGCCAGUCUGUCCAUCAUGUAAUAAUGGUGCAUCAUUACGAAAUCGUGAAUGUAGAUGUGAUCCAUCAUUAAAAAAACGUGAAAAAGUUUACUCAUAUAAAUGUUCAGUUAUUUCAUGUAAACAACAUGAAGCAAUAGAAGUUAAAUGUUAUAAAUGUUUAAAUAGAUUCUGUUUAAAACAUCGAUUUCCAGAUGAUCAUAAAUGUCAGGGAUUUGAAAAUAUUGAGCGAUCAGUAAAGAUAUCAAGUGAUACAGCUAUAGAAUGUAUGAGAAACACAAAUACUAUUAUUGAAAAUAAAAAUCAAUCAAACAAUGCAACAACAAUAGAAGAUGAUAAAUUACUUGCACUAACUGUCCAAUUAUCUUUAAAUCGAAUAGCACAAGAAGAAAAUGAUUUUCUAUUAGCAAAAGCUUUACAAGAAAGUGAACAAGAAGAAACUAGACGAAGCCGUACAACUGUAAGUAUUCAGAGAUAA